CAGUGUGGACUUAGGCCACAUAAGAUGGAGACCCAUUUACCUAGUUUUCUGAUGAUGGAAAUCUUCUCCUAUCUGGAUGCCUACAGUUUGCUACAGGCUGCCCAAGUGAACAAGAACUGGAAUAAACUUGCAAGCAGUGAUGUCCUAUGGAGGAAGUUGUGUCAAAAGAGAUGGUUCUACUGUAGCAUGGUCACCCCACAGCUCCUGGGUAAAGAGACAUGGAAGGAGUUCUUCAUUUACCGAACAUGGCAAGAACACGCCAAGUCCCGGGCAAAGCCAGAAGAUUUCAUUUACAAGGAAAUUCCUGCAGAGUAUGGAAUUCAGGCAUGUUAUAUCUCAGAGCAUGGCUUAACAAGAAAUGGACAAGGCAGGUCUGUUGUCUGUACGGCGACUUCCAUGAACAGGAUCUCUACCUGGGAUAUUCACGAGGGCGUUAUGACCUGGGUAAGCACAGAACAGCCAGCCUAUAUCAAGCUGUUGACUACCCUCCCUGAGAUGCACAUUGCAGUCACUGUAGAUAUAGAAUCAACUAUCAAACUGUGGGACUGUCACAACAGUGAAGCUCUGGCGACUAACAGCCUGCUCUCUCCCUGUCAGUCACUGAAAGCUGUCAUUACCAAGGAUUGCCCUAUUGUCUUGAUAGGUGAUACCUUGGGUAACCUCUACAUCUUUAGGAUUCCCGACUUACACCGUAUUACCAGACUCAAUGUAUUCCGAUAUGGUAUUAGUGAACUCUACUGCUCUCCUCAGAAGAAGUGGAUCUUUCUGAAUAGGAAACACCCACAUGUCUUGCCAAAGGUGUUUUACAUGAACAGCUUACUGAGGACAUCAGAAUUCUCUGCCCCUGUGUCUACCGAUCUCAAAUUUUCAUUAUGCCAAAGAGCCUUCUGGACUCCACGAAGGGAAGACAGGAUAACCCUGAUGGCCAUACGUGGCCCCCAAAAAGUCAAAAAGUUUAUCACAUUUGAUAUGGAGCUGGAAAAGAUCGGGAACAAAAUAACUGUUAAAGAGCAUAUCUUUGCAAGCUUCUCAUUGGAAGACUAUGAGGGGAGACCAGAAUGGUAUGGAGUUAGUGAUAAGGACGUGAUUGUCUGUUCAACUGGAUCCUCUCUCUUGCUCUUCAACAUAAAUGGUCACUGUCUGCAGACAUUUCAGUACUGCCCAGAACAGAUCUUGAGACUAUGGGUGGACCCCCUUCAUGUCAUCGUCUCAUGUAAAGAUGGCUCUUUGGAUGUGUACGUGUGGGAGAAGAGAAGCCUACAGCUCAAUAAGUGUUAUCGGCUGCAUUACAAGAGACCUCUGUCACCGAGAAGGUAAGCUCUCCUUCUUGACUUAAACUGGACAUUAAUUUUAAAACAUUUCUGGGGCUGGAGAGAUGGCUCAGCAGUUAAGAGCACUGGCUGCUCUUCCAGAGGACUUGGGUUCCAUCCCCAGCAUCCACAUGGCAGCUCCCACCUGCCUGUAACUCCAGUUCCAGGGCAUCUGACAGACACCCUCACAUUAAUGCAUUGAAAGUAAAGUUUAACAUACUGAAAAUUUCUAUGAAAAUUGCAUUUUUAAAACAGAAAUGAACUUUCUAUAAAAUAUAUGACUAAAUUUAUGAUCUCCAGCAUCACACAGAACAGACAUUGGCUGUGUAUGUGUAAUAUUUAAGAAGCAGAGGUAGGAGGAUCCAGAAGUGCAAGGUCACCUUCUGCUAGGUAGGAAGUUUGGCAGCCAGAUUGGGUUCAUUGUAAAACCAUCACAAUCAAACAAAAACAGAAACUGGCUAAGUGUAACGCACACCUUUACUCCCAGCACUGGGGAGACAGAGUCAAGUGGCUACCUAUCAAUUCCAUGCCAGCCUGGUCUACAGAGUGAGUCCCAGAGAGAGAUUAUGUACUAGGCAUGAAGGGAGGGAGGGAAAAGAAAGAAUUGCUAGUUCUUGGGAACUUGGCACAAACAGUUACAUCAACAGUCUCAGGCCCACAGUAGAAGUGGGGGGACUGCUUCCUCCUAUCUUGUCUUUAAUGGCAGGAUAGGUUCUCCUGAGUGUGGCCCCUACUAGGGUUGCUUCAUCAGUGACCUGUUAUUACCUCCAUUUGGCUUAUUUUCCUUUGAGUUUUACUUGCCUUCAUCCAAGAUGUUUUCAGUGAUCAUGGUGUGGUGAUAUAGAACCCAACCCCUGUACCAGCGUUGCAGAAGCAAAUGUUGAUUGCCAGUUAGCAAGACAACCUGAUCCCGUCUCC